AUGCUGAGUGGGCCGACACAAGCCGUUAACAGACUUCGACCCAACUCAAAUGCAAACAAAGGCCUUACAACCUUAGAAGUUACAGCGAGAAAAUGGAUGAAGGAGCUGAAGGGGAAAACUUCAAACUGCAGUGUUGAAGAAGAUGACAAGCGCUGGGGCACCAAAAAAUGUGAUGGCAUGCCAUACAAGUGGAAGGAGCUCAAAAAAAAUAAGGUAUUAGGCUUUACCUACCCGCAAGAGAAAGGUCUUGAUUGGAAUCUAUCCAACAAGCCCGCUAUUAGUGCUUUGAUCAAGCAAUAUCCUAAGUUUAAGCUAUCACACUUCAAGAAAAGGGUAUCUGCAUACUACUUGAGACUCGCAACACUCCUGCCUGAUAGGCAGCCAAAAGGAGUACAUGUGUUUCACACAAUGCAAGGUGCACCAGUGGGCAAUCCUGCAGAUGAGGAUAUAAAUGAUGGCAACAACUGUGGAUACCUAUUGGAUAAGAUGAUAGACGAAGAUAUGAUAGUGGUGAAUGCCGAUGUUGAUGUUGACUUAGAUGAGGACAAUGAAGAUGCCAGUGGUGUUUGGGUUGGUGGUAGCUAUUUUUUUGCUACUUCCAGUCCUGCAGCACAAUCAGGAAAUCCAGAGCGGGCUGUGAAAGACUUGGCCAUUGAGAUUUGCAGUGAGCUGGAGUCGGACCUAGAUGACCGGAGCUUGGUGCAGCUCAUUGAGUUAUUUAAUGCCAAUGGUAAACACGUGCAUACCUAUGUGAAGUUGUCGAAGGUUAGAGAGGGUGCUCAAAAGUUAUGGGUUACAAAUUGGUUGAAGGAGUUGAGAGUGGGGGAAGCAGAAUAA